AUGGCUCAACUGACUCCACUCGGAGCCGGCCUAACUCCAGGCAACAACCCCCACAUCAUUAGGCCACUAAGCGCCCCACCGUCGUCCGUCUCUGCAGCCUCGUCUUCCUCAUCGGUUUCGGAUCCCACACUCCCCAAGUUCAAAGUCGAAUCGGCCACCGUGACCCAACUCAACGUUGAAGGCUCCAAGUUAACCGCCACGUGGGACUUCACUCUCCUUGCCGCCAACCCUAGCCGCAAACUCGAACCCUACUACAGCCGUGUCCAGGCCGGGGUCCGCUACCAGGAUGGGUGCCGCGAUGUUUACACCCUCGUGAAAAACCCGUUCCCUUCGUUUGUUCUGAGCCGGAGGAACCAGACACGUGUCAGUUUGAGACUCGGAGUGUGGAGGCAACCGGGGAGGCAAGUGGCGCAGGGAAUCUCCGGCGAGAGGAAGAGUGAGUUGGUGAGUUUCGGAUUCAGACUCCUGGCUAAGGUGUGGUUUGAGUACUCUAGGAUAUUGCCGGCGGAACGAGGUUGGAUGCUGGUCUCCUGCGAUAGGGUUGAUUUUGAUUUUUCCGGGAAGAAUGGGACCGGCGAAAUGACGAGUCGGUCUGGGCAGUGCGAUGUUGACUACUACCCAAUACUUCCCUUGGGUAGUACCUAUCAGUAA